AUCGCGGAAGGAUGGCAAGCCUCAACAGCGGCGCGGACGCCAAGAUGAACGCGCUCGACGUGGCACUCGCCCGCGAAGAGGCCCUCGCCAAGUUCAAGGACAUCAACUGGGGCACGUACUCGCGCCCGGGCGGCUUCUCGCUCGACAAGCACGAGAUCAGCGCGAUCAAAGAGAUGGAGACGACGGCCAAGAACGCGGCCGCGCACGAAGAGCAGGCCGACGCGGUCAUCGACACGUUCCUGCGCGAGUCGGGCGAGUUCCUCGGCCAUGGCCUCCUCAAGCUCAUCAAGAACGUCACGGAGCCGUCUGUGCUGCGCUACGCCUUUGCGCGCAUCGACGAGCUCCUGCCCGAUGGCGGCCGCCUUCGCAAGCGCAUCGAGUACUUUGUCCCCGAGGGCACGACCGUCGAUGCGGCGCCGUUCCUUCGCCUCCUGCGCAGCGAGACGGGCUACACGCAGUAUGCGGCCGGCCACAUUCUUGCCCAGUUCUUGACGGUGCGUGUCAAGGAGCAGGACAUUGCUGCGCUCAUCCAGUGGAUCUUGGACGCGCUCAAGGCGUCGGCCAACAUGGUCGACGCGGCCCGUGCAGCGGCGGCGCGUAACGCCGUCACGACGCUCAUGGUGCUCCUCCGCAACAACACGGCGCGUCUUCUCUUUACAAAGGCCGAUGGCAUGAAGAGCGUCGCCGAGGUCAUGAAGAACUGCCAAGGUCGCGCCCAGCUUGCCUACGAACUGAGCUUCUGCCUCUGGACGCUCUCGUUCUGCCCGGACGCGAUGGAGAAGUUUGGCUCGUCCGGUGCGGUCCAUGCUCUGAUCCAGCAGGUCAUUGCGGCGCCGCGUGAGAAGGUCGUGCGCGUGGCCUUGGAGGCGUUGCAGAACCUCCUCGGCAAGCAGAACGGUCAGUACAACGAGAGCAUGAUUGACGGCGGUCUUCUCAAGACGCUCACGAACCUCCGGGACCGCAAGUGGACCGACGAAGACAUCACCAAGUCGAUCCAAGCCGUCCGCGACGUGCUCAUUCGCGAGUUCAAGGAGCUCAACACGAUGGAGCGCUACGAGAAGGAGCUGCGCACGGGCGCUCUCAACUGGGGGCUCCUGCACACGGACAAGUUUUGGCGAGAAAACUACAUGGCGUUUGAGCUCAAGGAAUUUGAACUCAUUCGGCUGCUCAUUGAGCUCCUCGAGUCGGAAGACCCCAAGACGGUCGCGGUCGCGCUCUACGAUAUCGGUGAUUUUGUGCGCUUCUAUCCCAACGGCAAGCACAUCGCCAAGCGCCUUGGCGCGAAGAAGGUCGCGAUGAAGCUCAUGACGCACGAGAACGCCGAAGUCCAGAAGCAUGCGCUCCAGUGCAUCUCCAAGAUGAUGGUCAAUAAGUGGGAGUUUGUCAAGUAAGCGCCGCGGCGACGACGACGACGAGACCACCUGCGCGACGGCUGGAUAGUUGGAUAAUCCUGCUUGCGUCU